AUGUCACCUGUUGACCCACCAACUCGUUGGGAACGAUUAGUAACAUUUUAUCAGAUUAUACGUGCUCGAAGUUUCAAUUUCCUUUCUAAGUAUAUUGAUAUAGAAGAAUAUUAUAAAUCAGAUUAUCUUGAUAUUGUAAGAAAAGUUACACUUGCGUCCAUUCCAUGUUUGUUGGAUAUUUGUGUUUAUUUUAACAAAAGUAUAUAA